AUUUUAAUAAAAUAUAAAAUUAAUUGGAAAUCAAUUCUUACAAAUAGAUAAGAUAAUAUUAAUUAGAUCUUUCAAAAAAAUAUGGAAAUAGAGUUAGUAAAUAAAAAACCUGAAGAAUUACUAUCUAAUCAAUGGAUCAAAGAUUUUUUUACUAAAAAAGAGUUUCCAAGUGUUCCGGAAAUAUCAAGGAGGUAUUGUAUAUCUUCUUAUCAUAAUUUAGAUAUUUUUCGUGAAAAUACAUUGGAACAAUCUUUAUCUAAACGUCCAUAUUCAUUCUAUCAGACGAUAAAAGAAUGCCCUGAACAUUUAAAUUCCAAAGAAUUAAAAUCUAAUUCGCAUAUUAAAUACAGAUUUUCUUUAAUUCCUAUCAUAAGAAAUACAGAAAACAUUUCUUCAAAUCAAAAAAAAAAUUCACAAGAUUAUACUCUACAAGAUAAAAAAAAUUCGAAUAAUUAUAAAGAAAUAAAAAUAGAACAAUAUCAAUCACCCGAAAAAAAAGAAUCAUCUACUAAAACUAACCAUUUAGGAAUCUAUGAUACGAUAACACUUAUUAACUAUAUACAACACCAAUUCUCAACAUGGUUAAAACAUAUGCAGAACGAUAAAUAUCUUGUUUCAUCAUCUAGUAAUUUACAUGAUGUUGCAAAAUUUAAAUAUCGACAAACUCAUCAUACCAGAAAAAUUAUUCGUUCUCUUUCUUUGGUCAGAUUACAACUCUUAUCACUUUAAAAAAUAAAAAUCUCGGUUUUUCU